ACCCGAUCCCUCUCCAAAAUUUAUUAUGUUGUUGCUGGGAUGUUCACAUUCGUACACUAGAGUUCGCCAGUGUAGUUUGUUCAUUCAGGCAGGGAGAAUAUAAUUAUAUAAUUAUACAUGUAUAAAGCUCAGUGAUGGAAUUGUUCUGUAGUAUAAUCCUCGCAGUUUUCACACUGUACCUGGAACAGGGAUCGUGUUUCCCGUCUGGUGCCCCCUGGGACACGUGUCUAACGAUGUUCCCCAAACAUAACGGUCAGCAACGGCAGACGGCGCCCUCCCACUUCCGCUUUCACCUUCAGACGGCAUCCAGCUUCCGGCCAGGGGACUCUAUCAAUGUGUCAGUUACCAGUGAAAAAGCUGGCCACGCUCUUACGGGAAUCCAGCUGCGCGCAAGGCCAACGUCCGGCGACAGGGAACGCAUUGUGGGCCAGUUCGUUGCCUGGCCGGAAGAAAAGACGCAGGCUCUCGACUGCCUCGGGGGAAUCAGGAACCUGAUAACACAUUCAAACAACGAGCCAGUUACAACACUGACGUUUACGUGGCGUGCUCCGGACGUCAACGUCGGCGACGUGCAAUUUAUUGCGACAUUUGUCGAAGAUUUCGACCACUUCUGGGUGGAUCAGACGUUAACGUUGCCAUCACUGGAGCCGCCUCCCACCGAUAAACUGGGAGUAGAUUUGUCGCCCAAUUUCGAUGUAAUCGACUGGUCGGAGUGCGGGGUUUCCAAGGGCUGCUUCCUGUAUCCCCGCGCAUGCACAGGACACGACUGCUAUGCAGCAGUCAGUUUCCGAUGGACGAAUGGAUCCCUGGAGUUUGAGAUGUUUGCCUCACAGGAGGGUUAUGUUGCCGUCGGCUUCUCUGAAGACAAACACAUGGGUCAUGACGAGACGGUGGUAUGCACGGCCCAGGGGGACAGUCUGGCCAUUCAACGUGGGUACAACCACGAGACUUACAACGAACGCCAGUUCAAGGCAGGGCUAAGCGACGUCCAAGCUCGUUACGUUGACGGACGCCUGUACUGCCGCUUCACCCGCCCAAUUGUCAUGGAAAUGUAUGUCGAAAAGGGACACAAGAAAUUGAGGGAGUUCAAUCUCGAGCAUGCGCAUUACCUAAUGCUGGCAUGGGGGCAUAUUUACGACGGGACGGAGGUUAUGGGGUUGCACAAGGAGCUGCCGCCCGUUUCCGACGGUCUAGUAGACUUCCACUUGUCGGCUAUUAUCAGAGGCUCGUCCCUUCCGUUGGCGAAACAAAUCCAUGGGACGCUUAUGCUGGUGUCCUGGCUGUUGCUAGCCGGAAGUGCCACUGUGAUCGCCAGGCAUUACAAGACCGGCUUCAGGGGGCGCCUUAUCUGCAAGGCACAGGCCUGGUUCCAGAUCCAUCGUUUUUUGGCUAUUCUCUUGUGGUUAACUACCGCCGCUAGCUUCAUUCUGAUUUUCGUUGUCGUCGGUGGCUGGCUUCCGAAGUGGACAAGCGCAGCAGGGAAUGCGCAUGCGUGUCUCGGUGUCGCUGUGAUGGCAGGAAGUACGUUGCAGGUGCUGGCGGGGGUAUUGAGGCCCGCCCCGGGGACGCGUUUGAGGCCAAUCUUCAACUGGGGACACUUUAUUCUGGGCAAGGCAACACACAUCACUGCAGGUGUUUGCCUGUUUUUCGCAUUUUACAACAGUGUGAUUCCGGCUCCUCAGCGGAAGUUCGCCUAUAUUGUGCUCAGCGUGGCGCUUGUCGUCCAUAUCGCCUGGGACGUUGGCCUUGACAUAGCAAAGUGCAUCCACGCCAAGAAAUCACGGGAUCAGUAUGAGAUGAAGACUGUUGAUGGAACCUCGUCUGAUGUGGGGAACGAGCCCACUAUCGGACAGGGACCACCGGAAGUGACACUUUAUCUAUAUCUGUCGUGCAUUCUAGCGGUCACGUGUGCAUCUAUAACUGCUAUUUACAUGUUCUAACUCGUGUCAAUGGAUGAAAUGCGAUCACGUGUUUAUUUGUUUCUCUACAUGUUUCGAACUGUGUAAAUUGAUAACAUGAAUCCACUUUUCUAUGUUCUAUAUAUGUAAUCGUAAAGCUUUAUGUUUUGUCUGUCUAUUAUUGCCAUUGCCCUUGACUCCUCGAGAUAAACAGGAAAAUCAGUCAGUAUUCUUAUCAGUAUCAUUCUUCAACUAAUUUUGUUCUGAACAGAAUUCGAAAACAUCUUGAAGGAAUUGACUGAAACUUGAAAUACUGAUAGAUUGCAACGUGAAGUUGUGCUCUUUGUAAACAAUUAUAACUCAGACCAAUCUGUUGCAAUAUUGGAAUUUGCAUGUUUUCAUGAUGUAAACAUUGUCGAGAACAUUACGCGAAAAAUAUUCAGAGGAAACUUUUGCAACUUUGAACAUCUUUUAAUACAAUGAUAACUUUUAACGAUUGUCAUCUCUUGUACUUUAAAUGUUUUAAAAGGAGCAACAAAGCAAAUUAUGUUUCGUUGUACUCAAUAAAGAAAGUUUAACUCUC